UGGUGUUUUUACUAGAGCUGGAAUAGUUUGGAUAUGUCGAAUUAUGGAUGUUUUCUGAAUGGGUUUCUGACAUAUUGGUCAUUUUUUUUUUCUCUGUGGGCUAGUGUUCCGUUGGACUGUGGGAAAUUGCUCUUCUUUGAAAUAAAGAGUCGGGUUCUUGUAAUUUGUUGCUUGUUUUGGUUCUACUUGAACUGCUUGUACAUGGAUAUUUUCUGAAUCUGUAAAGUGAGUGAUGUUGUGUUGUUAUAUUUUUGGUUGGAAAACGGCAUUUUUUUUAAAAAAAUUUCAUCAAGAAGAUUAAAUUUGGAGUAUUUAGGGCUUCAAGCUCUAUUUCAGUUUCUAUUUGAAUAUAUGCUUGUGCGGGCUUUAGAUGUUGAUUACAUGCUGAUUCUGCAACUCUACAUGAAAAUGUGGUUUUGGAACUUUGGCUGUAAGUAUAAAUUUAUUUACGGAACUGAAAAUGAAUCUUUGGCCAUUCAUUGAGUUUUUUUUAAUUUUUUUUUUAAUUUUUAAUUUUUUAUUAUGUUUACACUUAACUAAUCGGUGUUCUUGACUUGCAAUGUGAAUGGAUAUUAGUGUAUCAAGAUUUGGGUUGGUUGGACUUUUUUUUGCAUGUAGUUUGGUUGGCUAUUUUUUAACUAAAAGGGGAUCUUGGCGCCUCCAAAAUCCAUACCCAGAUGUUUAUUCUUUGUAGGAUGACCAGCGUCUUAUAUAACAGAAGGGUGAAUGCAUCUUCCUACCAAAUUUUGAUUGCCAUCGGAGCAUCGGCUUGCUAUUCUAUACUUAUACAAUAUGCAUAAUGUGCUUGCUCCACUUUUGAAGCACUUGUACUCUAAGAAUGGGAGUGUAACUGCACUUAUUUGGGGAGCAUCACCGCAAACACGCUCUGAUCGCAGAAAGGACCGUGUGGAGACUAAUCCUGAACAGUUGGCUGCUGCAUCAGCUCAGGCUGAGAGAAUGACCAUGUCGACCGGAAGAACAACAAGAGUAAUUGGGUGGUAUCAUUCUCAUCCUCAUAUUACAGUUCUUCCUUCCCAUGUUGAUGUGCGAACUCAGGCUAUGUAUCAACUUCUAGAUUCUGGGUUUAUUGGGCUGAUAAUUUCCUGUUUUAGUGAAGAUGUAAACAAGGUUGGAAGAAUCCAAGUAAUUGCUUUCCAAUCCUCAGACGGGAAGCAGAAUCAUGUGUCAAGACCUUUAUCUCUAUCCCCUGUAAAUAGAAGUUCAAUUAUAGAUGUUGAAUCAUCUUUAAGUUCCUCAGAAAAUGCAUCAGCAAAAUCCAGCUCUGCAAGGGUAGAGAGUCCUGAACAAGACACUGGUGAUUCAACAACUGCCGGAGGUAUUAAGGGUGGUGGAAGAUCCACGGACUUGGGAGUUCUCUUUGCGAAUGCGGAUGCUGAUUAUAUAGGGAGGAAAAGGAUGGGAGGAAGCUACCAUGCUGAUAGUUCAGAAAAUGUUGUUGAUAUAGACCCCAUGGAUAUGUCUGAGAGCAUGCAAGAGGCUAUGCACCGUUCAAAUUUGGAUGUGAGAGGUGCAGAGCAUGUCAGGAAAGAAAUUCCUCUUCAUAUUUUGUCAACGUCAUCCCUUAUUGAGCUUGAGUCUCCUCUAAUGUCAUUUACAGACUUGCAGCAUGUGCUAUAUGAAGAGGAGCAGGCAGCAUAUAACCAAGCUGUAUCGCAAAAUGCUAGGGAUGGGAAAGUGCAUCCUCUUACUUUCAUACAUCACACCUCAACUUAUCAGGCUUCCAUGUGCAAAUUAAUGGAAUAUUGUUUAAGUCCUGCCAUAAAUGUUCUCAUGGACCGCUUGAAAGAGAAUGAGAUUCAGUUAGCAAAGUUGAUCAGUGAAUCCAAAAGUUUAGAGGCUGAGGGUCUUAGAGCGGGUGAAUCAAGUUCAGGAUCUCCUCGACAAAUUCCAUAUCAUGAUCUUCGAGGAAAUGCUGCGUUUGGUAACAGGGACUUGUACAGUUCAGCUGAACCGAUUAGCAUGAGGCCAAGUGUUGCUGGUCCUGGUAGCCGGAGCAGAAAAGGGUCUCACUGAAAUCUGAAAACACAGCGUCUUCUCAAUGCAUGUUGUGUUAUGUAUUUAAAUGUAGAAACCUCGAAGCAAAAAAAAAAAAAGUUGUUUUAUGGAAUGUGGCAUUUUAUAUCUCCACAUAUUUCAUUCUUUUUUGCAGUGUGCGCCCCGCCCCACCGCCCGCACCGCCGGGGGGGGGGGGUGUGGGGGUGGUGGAGGAGGGCAUCUGUACUGUUUAUCCAUACAUUUAAUACUAGUGAUUUAAAAGGACCUGACCCCAAUAUCAGUCAUAUGGCAUAUUUGAGUU